GAACUGCAGCCCUUCCUGCGCUCGGCGAUGCUCGGGGCCCUGAUCCCGGCUACAGCGAUCGCCUCGGGGCACGUCCUUGUGGUGCAAGCGGAAGUGCUGGGGAAGUUCUUCCUCAGAGGUCUGGAAUGGAUGCCUCGUCACGUUUGGAUACCUCCACUCUUCAUCUCGCUUUGGCUUGUUUUGAAAUUGGAGUCGACGCGACAGUACUACGAUCCCUAUACUCAGAGCCGAAUGCUGCGGCGCAUGCGAGCUGACAUGCCAAAUAGCCGUCCCAGCUCGAAACAAACAGCCAGUAUAACCACCACAGAUCCUGCAACGAUUGUGGAGACCAUUUCAGAUUCUGAGGGUUCGGGACCCAGUGGACAGCCACCCGAGCUGGAUGGAGGCCCUGAAGCUGCAAGUGUCCCAGCAGCUGGCGAAAUUGCAAGAUUCGUUUUGCCUUCUUUCUUUUUGGUCUUGGCCAACAGCUCGAUGACCACCGUGGACAAAGCUUUCCUGGGUCGGUCCAGUUCUUUGCAGCUUGCGGCCAUGGGACCCGCAGCUUCUGUCUUUGACAGUGCCUCUCUGGUGUUGACCUUUUUGAAUACGGCAACCCUGAGCCUGCUGGGCAUGUCAGCUGGUGAUCCACUACAGCUUCGUAAGAUCAGAUCGCACGCCAUUUUUCUGGCCACCAGCUCUGGUUUGUUUCUGACCCUAUUUCUCUUUGCCUUGGCCGGACCCUUGACACGUUUGAUGGGCGCCACCCCGGCGAUGUUGCCGCUGUCCAUGAUUUACCUUCAGAUCCGGGCCAUCGGUGCACCCAUCGAGCGCGGCACAUCAGUGGCCACCUCCUUCUGUUUGGCGGCCAAAGAUGGGGCUACGCCUCUAAUGGUCACCCUGGUGGGCAUGGUGAUCAAUGUUGUUGCUGACGGACUGCUGAGCCCAAAAUAUGGUCUGGCUGGGGUGGCGGCCGCUUCGGUGGUUGCCUCUCUGAUCGGCUAUGCCUACCUGAUCUGUGCGCUGGUGAAGAGUGGCCGAUGGCCUCGGCCCUUUGCUUGGCCCCGGAAUUUCCGAUCGAUCUCGCGCUUUUUGCGAUUCGCGGGACCUGUCCUCCUGGCUGUUUUUUUGAAGAUGUUGGUGCUGGCAAACAUGACCACAGCUGCUUGUUCCUUUGGAACCACAGCUGCUGCUGCGCAUCAGCUUUUUCAAACCCUAUUCCUCCUUUCUGCUGUGGCGAUUGGAAAUCCAUUCAGCUGGGCGGCACAAGCAUUCAUUCCACCGAUUCUUGCAGCAUUUUGUGAAGGACAGGAGUGCGGGGCUGUGAGCCGCAAGUCCUUUUGGACCUUACGAAGGCUCUUAGCUAGCGCAUUGACUCUGUCUUUGACAGCUUCGGUAAGUGUGGUGAUAUUUUGCCGGAAGUUUGGUUGGAUCCUUUCCAGUGAUCCAGAUGUGGUGGGCGAGAUGUCCAGAACGAGUCCAGCGCUGGUACCUUUCUUGGCGGUGUAUCCAUUGCUGCUGACCUUGGAGGGUGCUCUUUAUGGUGCACAGGAACGGAGUACGGUCCUUUGGCUUAGUAUCUUCUUUUGGUGUAUGUCAUCAGCGGCAGUUGGUGCCCUACGACUGUUUGGCAUAUUAUCGCUUUGUAAUGUUUGGCUGGCCGUGGGGCUCUCUUGCGGGAUCGCAACGCUAGUCACUGCAAUUUUCGCUUUUCAACGAGUUUUGGCUCCAAAGGGUUAUUUGAUACUUGAGAGCAGCCGCUAGUGAGCACACAGUUUAGAUUUGGUGCGCAGGGGCAAUUGGGGCCAUUUGCCCCUAGACGCCAGCACCUCCGAUCUCGGAAAAGCAUCCAAGAAAA